AUGAUUGUGCAGAUGGAUAAAAUGUCUGCUCCUCCUUCUCGGGAUCGUGCUCAAUGUCUGUAUGAGAAGCACAACAUAGAAUAUGUGUUGUGGCAAUUGCACUAUAGGCGUAUUGAGGAACUGAGAGCUCACUAUAAUGCUGCCCUUAAUGUUGCUGGCUCAAACUCAUCUAAGGUUCCUACCCGCCCUGAUCAUGGCAGGGAUGGCAGAGUUGUUAUGGAGAAAGAUGAGAAGAAAUCUCCUGAUAUCAAGAAAGGAUUGAUUUCUUGCCACCGGUGUUUGAUAUACCUGGGUGAUCUUGGGAGGUACAAAGGACUAUAUGGAGAUGGUGAUGCUAAAACACGCGAGUAUGCUGCUGCUUCGAGUUACUACUUGCAGGCUGCAUCUCUUUGGCCAUCAAGUGGCAAUCCACAUCACCAGCUUGCUAUUGUGGCAUCAUAUUCUGGUGAUAAGGUGGGGGCAGUGUACCGUUACUUUAGGAGCCUGGCAGUUGAUAAUCCUUUUAUGACAGCACGAGAUAGUCUGAUUGUUGCUUUUGAGAAGAGAGUGUGCAGCCAUUUGUUUGUGGCCUUUCUUGUGAGAUGUAAAGGGGAGCCAAAAGGUGGAUCUAAAAUUCCAUGUGUUGAAGCUGAUGGUUCCAGGGAGAAGGAAACUGAUGUUAAUGAGAUUCGUAAAUUAUUUUGCAUUCGAUUUAUCCGUCUAAAUGGCAUUCUUUUCACCCGCACGAGCUUGGAGACAUUUACAGAACUUCUCGCAUCAGUCAGUAGCACUUUCCUUGAGCUUCUAUCCUCUGUUCCGGAAGGGAAGUCAAAUUUUGGAGCAGACACUGUUGAUAAUGGACUUUUUAUUGUUAGAUUAGUCUCUAUCCUUGUAUUCACUGUUCAUAAUGUUAAGAAAGAGGCUGAAGGUCAGAGUUAUGCAGAGAUUGUGCAGUGUGUUGUUCUUCUUCAGAAUGCAUUUACUGCUGCUUUCGAGUUAAUGGGACAUGUAUUGGAGAGGUGCGAGCAACUUAAUGAUCCUUCUUCAAGUUACUUGUUACCUGGAAUUCUGGUAUUUGCGGAGUGGUUGGCAUGUUGCUCUGAUAUUGAUGGAAGUGGUGAUGCAGAUGAGAAAAUGGUUGCCAUAAGGUCCAAAUUUUGGAGGUGCUGUAUAGCUUUCAUGAACAAGAUCUUGUUCUUUUUGCCAAUAUCCCUUGAUGAUAAUGAAGACGAUACGUGCUUCAAUAACAUGAUCCGGUAUGAAGAUGGGGAAUCUUGGAACAUGCUUGCUUUAUGGGAAGACUUAGAGUUGAGAGGGUUUUUGCCAUUUGUCCCUGCACAAUCCAUUUUGGACUUCUCCAGGAAAUACCAAUUUGCAACUGACGGUUCUCAGGAAAGGAUGGCUCGCAUUAAGAGGGUUCUUGCUGCAGGGAAGGCAUUAGCAAACCUGGUGAAGGUUGACCAGAAACCAGCCUCCUUUGAUUCUAAGAUGAAGAAAUUCGUUAUAGGUGUUGUGCCUCUUGUUUCUGGUGAUGAUGCCUUGUUCAACGCUGAUUCUGGAAUGUCAAAAGCAACUAACUUGAUACAGGAAUAUAGUCCUGAGGAAGCUAUCAGUUUUGGAGCCUUGAAUACAAACCCCCAGCGAUGUGUGGAAGGAGAAGAGGACGACGAAGUAAUUGUUUUCAAGCCCUUGGUGACUGAAAAGCAAAAUGGUGGUUUAAACCCAAAGCCUACUCCUCACGAGAGCUCAAGGCCCAUUAGAAACCUUUCUGCUGCUGAUCCACAAUUUUGUGGUGGCUCUGUCUCUGCCGCGAUCGAUAAUGAGCUCAUUCCUGCUGCUUUCAACGGACAUCCUCAAAUAUCAACAUCUGCAGGUGUAGUUGGCACUCAGCAUCUAUCAGCAAUCCAUCCUCCAUCUACUUCAAAGUGGCCGAGGGAGGAAGCUGCGCUGCUUGCUAAUAGCAUGAAAAGUGUCAGGUUCAGGGAGAAUGGGCACGCAGCUGGCUAUGAGAUGCAGAAAGAUUUCCGUGUAGCCCAUUUGCCAGUGUCUACCUCCGUUCCAAUGCAACCACCACCUGUGAAUUUUGGUACUACUGGCAUGAUCUCGAAUAAAAUAAAAGUUCCAUAUGCAACCAUUCUGUCCAAGGUUGAUACUAUUAAUUCUUCUGGAAUGUACCCUGAAAGUUUUGAUGUGCAGGCAUUAGCUGGCAUGGAAAAUGGUUUUAGGAGGAGCCCUAUAAGCCGGCCUGUGAGGCAUCUUGGCCCUCCACCUGGUUUUACUUCUGCCCCACCGAAGCAGGUGACUGAAUCUUUUUCUGGUUUAGAUUUGACUACCGAGAAUCCUCUAGCAGAUGAUUAUAGCUGGUUGGAUGGCUAUCAUUUGCCGUCUUCAACCAAAACCUCAAGGUUUAGUGGUUCAACCAGUCUCUCUUCCUAUCCCACACUUCAAUAUGCCAGCAUCAAUAAUGGAUCAACAGGGGCAGACAACUUUCCAUUCCCUGCAAAGCAGCUGCCAGGAUCUUAGGUACAGUUGGAGCAGGAAACAGGUUGGGAGAAUUUUCAGGCUUUUGAGAAUUUAAGAGCCCAGCAACAGCAGCAUCUGCAGCAACAACAACUCUUGAAUGGAAAUCAGCAAUUUACGACAACGCAUGUGCAGUUUGAUGGACACUCCAUGUGGAACGGGCGCUAUAUCGUGUGAGAUUGGUGUGAAGCAGAUAUGGGGAAGAUGAAAAGUUUGGAACUCCAGGUGGAUAUGCCUAAGGGUGGUUUUAUGGGCUUUCUUUCUUGAAGUUGCUAUGAACUGAUCUCUUUUCUUAAGAAGGUUCUAAGAAUUGGCUUUCGUGAAUCUUGCAGUAUCCUUUUGCUACCGAGUGUGCACUCCGACUUUGCAGCUGUAUCAAAUUUCCAAUUUCAAUUUUUGUUGGAGGAUGGGUGGCCUUGGCUCCUUGCUUGGCUCUUGCCACUAGACAGGAGAAGACAAAUAUUUGCAACAUCGUCUAUGAAAUGGAACUUUCAAGAAGUAGAAGCCUUAUUUGGUUACUUGGGUUUGGAGAUAGAGUCGAGCUAAUAAGAUCAGUUUGAACGUUGGGCCUAAUAUUUGGAAGGAAGAAUUGGUGAGAUAAAAACCACGUGGUUUCCCUUCUACGCCAAACUGUUGGGCUGCUCUAGGUAGUUGUCUAAGGUGCUGGAUUGUAUCAUCUUGACAACUGAAUUUGGGACAUGGCGAAUGUGAGUGGAAUCUUUGGCAUGUCGCUUUCAGAUCUCCAAAUACUGGAUGGGUGCCUAGGUAUGUCCUCAAUAUCGCAAGUUUGUCUGUGGCAUGGUGAAGAAUGGUGGAAGCCUGAUCGUAUGUUGAGGUCCGGGGAGUUAAUUAUAUGU